AUGACCUCCAAAACCAACACCGCGGCUAAAAAUGAAGCCGACAGAGUCAAGGACAUGGAACCUCAGAUCUUCGAGGACGAGAACCCAGAGAAGCCCAUUCCAAGGAACACUGGCAAAAUCGAUUACUCUGGUGCUCAGGAGAAGACCGACCCCAAGGAGAUUGCUCUUGUGAAGAAGUUGGACAGAUGGAUCAUGCCGAUGUUAUGGUCCAUGUAUUGGCUCAAUUACCUUGACCGCAAUGCUAUUGCACUUGCCCGUCUAAAUGACCUUGAAGAGGACCUCAACUUGACUGGUUCUCAGUACCAGACCUGUGUUUCGAUUCUCUUCGUCGGUUACAUCUUAGGACAAAUCCCUUCGAACAUGUUCCUUACUCGAACCCGGCCUAGCCGUUACAUGGGAACCAUGAUGAUGCUCUGGGCUGUUGUCAGCGCUCUCACUGCCGUUUCGAAGGACUUUACUGGACUUCUCCUCACCCGAUUCUUUCUCGGAGUCACAGAAGCUCCAUACUAUCCCGGCGCUGUCUACUUGCUUAGUAUCUUCUACACCCGAAAAGAGGUUGCUACACGUAUUGCCAUCCUCUAUACCGGAAACAUUCUCGCCACUGCUUUCGCCGGCCUGAUUGCAGCAGGAAUAUUCCACGGCAUGGAUGACCUCGCUGGCAUUGCAGGCUGGAAAUGGUUGUUCAUCCUCCAGGGUGCCGUGACAUUCGUCAUUGCUGUCAUCGGCUUCUUCCUACUCCCCGAUUUCCCCCAGACCACCAAGUGGUUGACACAGGAAGAGCGCGACCUCGCCUACAACCGCAUGGAACUCGACACCGUUGCCAACAAGGGCGAGACCAGCACGUGGAACGGUCUUCGUCAAGCCGCCAAGGACCCCAUGGUGUGGAUCUUUUGCGCGAUGGCCCACAUGCAUCUGGCUGCCAACGGAUUCAAAAACUUUUUCCCGAGCGUUGUCAAGACCCUCGGAUUCAACACGACUAUCACGCUCGUACUCACCUGUCCGCCUUACCUCAUCGCUGGUGCGGUCACCAUUGCCGUAUCUUGGUCAUCUGGCAAGUUCAAUGAACGUACAUGGCAUAUUACCGCGUCCAAGGCCGUCGCGGUUGUCGGUUUUAUCUCGGCCACUGCCACAAUGAAUCUGGCCGGUCGAUACGUCUCAAUGGUGAUCUUCACCAUUGGCACAUAUGGAGUCAAUUCGUUGAUCCUUGGUUGGUGCGGCAGUGUCUGUGGUCAAACCAAGGAGAAGAAAGCAGUGGCCAUCUCGAUGGUAACAAUGAUCAUGAACAUCAGCUUUAUUUGGACGCCUUACCUCUGGCCCAGUAGCGACGAGCCUCGCUACGUCAUCGCCAUGUCAAGUAGCGCCGCGUUCAGCAUUGCGACUGCUUUGCUGGCAUGGCUGGCGAAGAUUCUCUUGAAGAAGCGCAACGAGAAGCUGAGGGCUUCACCGGACGAGACCGCUGUCUUUUACGUCUACUAA